UUUGCAGGCACGUUGAAAUCGACAUCAGGUCCACCUACAUGUAUGACGUUGCUAAUCGAUGAAAUGUUAUAGCCAAAUAAUGGCUACUGAAAUCAUCCAGCCAAUCAGCAUCAAGGAGGAGAUUCCACCGCCCGUGAGUCUAGAAGAAGAUGAUGAUGACGACUUGAAUGACGAUCGUCCUGUCAGACGACCGAUGAAUGCUUUUUUGUUAUUUUGCAAGCGUCAUCGUAGCUUGGUAAAAGAGCGUCAUCCAUGGUUAGACAAUCGGUCAGCAACUAAAAUGUUAGCAGACAUGUGGGCUGUCUUGGAAGGAGGUGAAAAAGAGAAGUAUCUAGAGCUGGCCAGACAGUGUAAAGCGGCGUUUUUGAAAGCGUAUCCCGAUUAUAAAUGGUGUGGUACGAGUAAAACCCAAAUCAAUACUCCGUCAAGUCCAACGGUCACGACACGAAAGAUGCAGGCAGACUCAACCAUCGAUGAUAAGGGUUGUAAAGACGCUUCUAUCACGCCCGGUAAAUUGGCAGAUCCUGCCGACAUGGGUGGGUUGAAUCUACUCCUGAUGGCUGGAGAACAAGCACUUUCACCGUCAUCACAAAACACAUCUAAUAACAGUUCUCCAGAGUCCAAGAAAUCGGAGAUCAGUGCAAAAAACGAAAAUAAUAAUACAAGUAGUAGUUACCGUGGUAACCAGAGUACAUUGUUUGAGUUUGCACAGAUGUGUUCAGAGCAGGCUUCUUACAAGCAAGAACCUAAGGAUGGCACGACCAAUAAGGCAGGAGAACAAACAGUCAAUCAGAACUCAGCAUCCAGUAACAAGAAAGCGGGCACUGUUAGCCCUACUGAAUCGGCCAAUGAGAGUAAGAUUAACUCUGAAACAAGGACUGAACGAAAGAAGAAAAAGAAAUCUAAAAAGCAUAGCGAUGAUGGUAAACAAAAUAAAGACACAGAAAAAAAGCGAAAGAAGAACAAACAUUUAAAACCAUCUUCGGAAUCUGAGGAAAAAUCAACUGAAAAACCAAAGAAACGGAAAAAGAACCGACCCGAGGAAAAAAUGAAAAAAAAGAAGACAACCAAACAAGAAGAAAACAAGAUGGAUGACUCUGAAAGUGCAAAUGAGGAAUCAGUGGAUAUUGCCUUGAAAACUGGAAAAGCUGAAAGUGAACCAGAACAUGAACUUGAUGAAAGCGAGCCUGAGGAUUCAAAAUCAGGAAACCGCUGUCGAAAAUCAAGCCGAUCAUGCAAAGGACAACGAUAUAAACAAUUUGUGUCAGGCGGAAUGUUACAUGAUUUACAGCGGCCGGAGAGACCGUUUAACUGUAAACGGCCAUGGAAGGCGGACUUCACAAGUUACAGUGACGAAGAUGACCCGACUGUUGAUUUGGAAAGCAAAGCCGCUAAGAGGAGGCGGGCAGCUGCUGCUAGGAGACGGAGAGUGAGUGAGAGUUGUGUCGGAGGAAGUAGAGAAGGCAGGAGUCAAGGAGAAAGGAGGAGUUUAGAUGUAUUAGACUAUGCAGACUUUGAUUUCAAAGCCAAGUUAGAUAGUCUUCCACAAUUUACACUAGAUCAAUUCAAACCAAAGAGUAAAUCACAGACCAGGAAAAAAUGCACCAAUAUGUAUAAAAAUGCAGUGUUUGUCAGAAAAGGAAAUUCAGAUGACAUCGUAUUUGAUAAAGAUUUACACCACUUUGCUAAUGAUGACGGUGAUAGCGGUGACCGAGAGAGAAUGAUGCCACAGUUAACAGGAAGUCAGAAACGGAAAGCCAGGAAGCGGUCCAUAACGCAUAUAGUCAGGACCACAUCUUCCGAUGGUUUUUCUAAAGUGACGAUAACCACUCCGUCCACCACGGACCCUGGCCCGACUGGAUCACACAAAAGACGUAAUAGUACUGGUGAUAUCUGUAAACAAACACAAAGUUUACGACAAAACAGUCAACAAAAAACUUAAGUGAAAGGAUACACAGAACAUAGUGGAUCAAGUUUUUUUAAUUUUUAAUUUUGAUUGUUACCAAGUUUUACUCUGAAGAGGAUUCCAAGCAAAAUAAAUCUGUGUUUGGUGAGGAAACUAGGAAGACUAGACAAGAGUGAACACUUCUGUCCUAAAGGGAGCAAUAUUGGUCAUUUCAGUCAGACUUGGGGGUAUGGUUGGAAAUGUCUACAACUAAAUAUCCGCAUUAUUUUUGAAUGUCUACUGCAGAUUUAGGGAAAGAAUUCCCACAACUUUGCAGUGUCACUUCAAUUUUUUUCGAACUUUUGAACUCCAAAAUAAAUUGUUGUCACAACCUGCAUAAUAUUUUCUUUAUUUCAAUCAAAAAUAAUGAAAAAGACAUAUAGUUAAUAGACAAUUUUGUCUAUUGGGUUCACAAAAUUAUAUUUAAAAACGUGAAAACUGUUGGCAAACAAAUUAUGGUGUUCAAAGAUUUCUUACUUUCAUUUUUCUAGUGAAAAAAAAA